CUCGCUAUAAAUGACAAAUAUUUUUCCUGCUUCCGUUCAAACUCUUACACCCUAGCCGCUUCCUUCAUUUCCCUCUCACAAAGUUCUUUGCCUUUUGCUUUAUUCUUUUCAUAAAGUCAGGUAUUAUAAUGGCAUUUUCUGGCAAACUUGGAAGCCUUCUGAGGCAAAAUGGGCAAAUCCCAAUGACAUCCAUGCUUAACUCUAUUCGCUUCAUGUCAACAUCAAGCAAAAAGCUUUUUAUCGGAGGUCUUUCAUAUGGAACUGAUGAUCAGUCUCUCAAGGAAGCAUUUUCUGGAUUUGGUGACGUCAUUGAAGCUAGGGUUAUCAUUGAUAGAGACACUGGGAGAUCUAGGGGCUUCGGUUUUGUUAACUUUGCUGAUGAUGCAUCUGCCAGCAAUGCCUUGUCAGCCAUGGAUGGUCAGGAACUCAAUGGGAGAAAUGUUCGAGUAAGUUAUGCCAAUGAAAGACCUAGUGGCCCUCGAUCAUUUGGUGGCAACAGUGGUUUCAAUGGUGAUGGAGGCUUUGGAGGUGGAUUUAGAGGGGAUUCUGGUUACUAGGCUCCUGCAUCAGAAUUUAGCCAUGGGCGUGUUUCUAGAGCCUGUAGUUUACUUGUUUAGAUUUGAGGAUGUGUUUAUUUAUUUUCAAGGUGUGCUGAACUUAUGCAACUGCUUUAUGCUAUCGGAUCAAAAUUUUUGCCGAUUUUUGCAUGUUAUUAUUUAAUAUUUAUAUUGGCAAGGUAAGCUUUUGAAAUCGCAUGGUGCGAUCCUAA